AUGCCAACCAAUUUUGAGGAAGAACUUGAAGGUCCAUUUGGUGAAGCCGCACCUGAAAUCUUAGAGGAUAGAAUAUGGGUGGAUGGUUGUUGGGACUUUUUCCAUCAUGGACAUGCCGGCGCCAUGCUUCAAGCUCGACAGUUGGGCAAUGAAUUGGUUGUAGGAAUUCAUUCCGAUGAAUCAAUUCUCGAGAACAAAGGACCAACGGUCAUGACGCUACAAGAACGAAUUGCGGCAGUAGAUGCCUGCAGAUGGGUUACACAAUCGGUGUCAUAUGCGCCCUAUGUUACGUCUCUGCCAUGGAUUUCUCAUUAUGGUUGCAAAUAUGUGGUUCAUGGUGAUGAUAUUACUUCGGACAGCAGUGGGGAGGACUGUUAUCGAUUUGUCAAGGCUGCAGGCAGGUUCAAGGUUGUGAAGAGAACCCCAAGUAUCUCGACGACAGAUCUUGUUGGACGAAUGCUACUUUGCACACGAACGCACUUUAUCAAAUCGCUACCCAAGCUCUUGGCUGGGGAAGAUGGCUCUGGAACUACCGAAGAGAGGAAAGCUGAUGGCAAAGCUAUGACCGAAAGGAUGCGAAUGUAUGCUACUGACGAAACUGGAUUCAACCCAGGCUCGAGUGUUUGGUUCUGGAAGGCCUCGAUUGCGGCUCGAGAGGAUGAGACCGAGAAUGAGAAAGGAGUAUUCAGUUCUUUAAUGCAAGGAUCAACGCCGAAGCCAGGCCAGCGAGUUGUGUACGUCGAUGGUGGAUUUGAUCUCUUUUCCUCGGGUCACAUUGAAUUCCUUCGCCAGGUCAUCGAGGCAGAAGAAAAGCUCGCUGGGGAAGAAGGCUGGUAUAGCAAAGAAGCUGUAGCGGAACGCGUUGGUAAAGGGGCGGAUUAUGCGCCAUGUUUCGUGGUGGCUGGUGUUCAUGAUGAUGAAGUUAUCAAUCAUUGGAAAGGAGUCAAUUAUCCCAUUAUGAAUAUCUACGAACGAGGUCUUUGCGUGUUACAAUGCAAGUAUGUCAACGCCGUCAUUUUUGGUGCCCCCUUUACUCCCACCAAGGCAUAUCUCACGACAACUCCAUGGGGAGUACCUGAUGCAGUCUAUCAUGGGCCAACAAGUUUCAUGCCAUUGACUUAUGAUCCAUACGUCGCUUCGAAGGAGAUGGGCAUCUAUCGUGAAAUUGGUACACAUGAGUUUGCAUUUGUCAAUGCUGGUCAAAUUGUUCAACGGAUUUUGAAAAGUCGAGACAUGUAUGAAGAAAGACAACGCUUAAAAGGGGUAAAGGGUAUUGGCGAGGAUGCCCAAAGAACACGCGAACGCAUGGAAGAGGAACAGCGAUUGAAAGAAAAUCUUGCUUAG